AUGGGUCUCACUUACAGCUCCUUGACUGCCUUUUCAAUCGCUGUAGUUGCGGUGGCCGCACUUGCACUGCUCAAAUCUCUUUUCAGGCGCCGUCUGCUCAAGGACAUCCAAGGCCCUCCAUCCAAUUCAUUCUGGUUGGGCACGUAUCCUGUGCACUUGUUCCUCGGCCACGAGAAGGAUCUGCGCUACCAGAAUGAAGUCGGUGACCUCGACUUCCAAUGGAUGAGCCAGUACGGAACCGCUUGGCGUGUAGACGGUUGCAUGGGUGAAGAUAUCCUUAUGUUGGUUGACCCUAAGGCUCUGCAACACAUCCUGCAGGCUGCCGGUUACAAAUAUCCCAAGAGCGCCGAGGAUCGCCAGUUCUUGAGGAUGGUGACCGGAGAGGGCCUCGCGUGGGCGCAUGGUGAGGACCACAGUCGGCAGAGAAAGAUUAUGAAUCCCGCAUUCUCUUCGACACAGCUGAAGACUUUCCUUCCCCUGUUCCAUUUCCGAGCUUCGCAGUUGGUACAGAAGUGGGAGAACUUGAUCGCAGGCGAUGUGUCCAACGCGCCUGUCCUCAAUGUCGCAAGCUGGCUCUCGCGUAUGACGCUUGAUGUCAUCGGAGAAGGCAUGUUGCAUCCUGUUGACCACUUUGGAGCUCUUGACGACACUAAAAGCGAGUUCAUGAACAACUGGGACAGCCUUUUCAUCGACUCGACUUUAUACCCCGCGCCGCUUGACCUCCUGGCCAAGUCGUUCUUCAAUUCUAUUCCCACAAGUGUGUUAUAUUAUACCCGCUACCUCCCAUCGCGCGAGUAUCGCAGGUUCCGCGAAUACCUGGAUUUUGCGAGGGUAAUCUCGCGAGAUAUCAUCCGAAAGAGCGAAGCCCGCGGCGAUGGGAAAGACGUCAUGAGCGUCCUUGUGCGUGCGAACGCGUCGGAGAACCCGAAGACCAAGCUUUCGGAGCCGGAGGUCAUCGACCAGAUCUCGACGCUCAUGCUGGCCGGCCACGACACCACGGCGGCCACGGCGUCAUGGGUGCUCUGGGAACUCGCCAAGGACCCAGAGUUCCAGAGAAAGGCUCGAGAGGAGAUCAGAGCUGCGCGUGCACAGGUCACCGCGCGCGGCGAUGCCGACUUCUCGAUGGCAGACCUCGAGGGGUUGACCCUGAUGCAGGCGGCGAUGAAGGUGCGCAUGCGCUUGCACCCUAUUCUCUGGCACAUCUCUCGGUACGCCGAGAAAGACGACGUCAUCCCGCUUGCCCAGCCCAUCGUCACGAAGUCGGGGAAACAGAUUUCGUCGAUCCCCGUCAGCAAGGGGACCAAAGUUAAGCUCUCUCUGUGCGCGUACAACAGAUUGCCUAGCAUCUGGGGCGAGGAUGCAGACCGGUGGAACCCCAAUCGCUGGAUCGGCAUGGACAGCUCGAAGCAGACCUCCGUAGGCGUGUAUUCGAAUCUGGUGAUCGAGCUACAGGCGAUUUUGGCGAGCGUGCUGGAAAAGUUCGAAUUCGCGAUGCCGCCCGACGCGGACAAGCACCCUGUUUGCAGGAAACCCACCUUGGUGAUGACACCGAUCGUCGAAGGGCACCGGGGGACUUGGUUGGGUCUGACGGUCAAGAACGUGGCGUAG